AUGGGUGUUGCCGAUGAUGAAUUUGUACGAGCAGCUCUAUAUGCUACGUCUGCUCAUAGUGCAUCCAACCAGCAGCAGCAGCAACAGCAAACAGAACAACCGUUGAUUACAGUCACAUCUGUAGAACAACCAAUUGUAUCACCAAAUCCACCUAAAACCUAUACAAAUACUUUUAUUACAACAACACCACCGCCACCACCAAACACUGACCGUGGUGGUGUUGAUGAUGAUGAUGAUGACGAAGUUAUGGAAAUAGAUUCAACACAUCAUCAUAAUAAAGAAGACAAUGAUGAUGAUGGUAUGCAAGGUGGUGUAGAAUCAGAUUAUGAAAUUCUACAACAGUCAUUGAAUGAUGAUGAUGUUGAUACACAACCAAAUUCUGAUGUGGACGAAAAUAAUGUAGAUGAUGAUGAUGAUGAUGAUGAUUUGUUACAUGACAAAGUUGUUGAUGUUGAAAUACACCACAAAUCAUCAUCAUCACCACCACCACCACCAAAUAAAACACAACGUACAGAAACGUUGGGUGAAACUGCAUUGAAUGAUUUUAUAAAUAGUAGAAAAUUAAUUGAUGAACCAAAUAAAUUUGCCAACAUUGAUCCCGAUGUAUUUCUAAGUCUUAUUAGACCUAAACAUCAACCAACACUUUUGUCAGUCAACUCUGAAGAAGCAACAGUUGUAGACAUUCUUACACCAAGACCACCAUCAACUACACCGCCUAAACGCAAAAUAUCAACCGACAAAGACGUGGAUAAUAAUAAGAGGCGUCGUCGUCAAUUCAAUGAAGAUGAGUCUGACAACAGUAGUAGUAGUAGUAUUAAUGAAUUUAGACAAGUGAACAAUAAGCAUGAUGAUGAUGAAUAUGAUGAGGAAGUUGAAAUGAUAAAUUACCCAUCUAUUCAUAAGAAAUCACUGCUUCAGCCCACCAACGCUAGUAUAUCAUUUAUGGACAAUAAUGAUGAUGAUGAUGAUGAUGAGGAAGAUGAAAAUGCUAUAAUAUUCGACAAUGAAAAUGAUUAG